AUCUCGCUUCACGAUUUUACACGUUCCCCGCUUUUCUGCGCUUUCGCAAGUGCGUUUUCGUGGUGAAUAAAAGAAAAAAAAAGUCUCAACAUUGUGUCUCGUUAGAUCAUACACAGCGGAAGGUCGCGCAAGAGUUCGCGUGUCGUCGAGAACAUUCUCAAACAGCAAGUUUCCGAACGAUUGUAUAAAUCAAAUAAGCCGAAAACGUGUAUUCAAUGGUUCAGCGUGUUAAAAUAAUAGUCUCGUGAUAUAUCUCUUGUCGAAAUACGUGGACGCAAUCAUUGAAUCGCGCUAUGUUUCGUACCAAACUUGCGGUCGAUCGCCAUGUGCAAGAACUUUUCAGAAAGGUGAAGGACGAAAACGAGAGAACACUACGAUGUUACAACAUAGCGAAGCUUUACUUCCAAGUCGAGGAUUAUGAGUCAGCGAGACGCUACGUUUCUUCGUAUCUCGAAGUUAAGGGUGACCAGGCUGCUCCUCACAAACUUCUGGGCAAAAUUUACGAAGCCCUGGGCCAGAAGGAGUCUGCACUUUCUCAAUACAAACAGUCUCUAGAACUUGAAUCGAGGCAGGACGAUUUAGUGCUCAAAGUUUGCGAGCUCCUGGUGGACAUGGACGUGGGUCAUGACGUCAACAGAGUGAAGUAUUGGGUAGAUAGAGCGGACGAGAGAUUCCCUCACCAUCCGACCGUUUUCCAGCUCAAGGAGAAGCUCUUAACCGUGGAUAAGUCCAGCAGCAGUAGCGAAGACCUGGAGGCUCUGAUCGCAGCAGAAUUAUCAGCAAGACCAUCGGACGUUCAUCUGCGGGUGAAACUUUUGAAGUAUUACAUGGAGAAAAAUCGUUUGGAAGAGGCUUACAGACACGCCAUGGAAGUCGAGUCAACCCACGCUCACAGAGAUAGCGUUGUUUGGUACGAAGCCCUCUGCGAUCUGCUCGCAAAGUGCAAGGACGGCAGGCAAUCAAAAUGGGCAUUCUGGAUUUUGUACGUCUCUUCUUUGGAAAGAUACGCUGCCCUCGCUCUCAAAGAACAAGGUCACGUGCUGAAAAAAACCAUCGCCGAAGCUGCACAGGCUGUUUUCAAUUUCGAUCAAGCGUUGACAGAGGCGAAGCUUCAGAAUUUCUUGAACAACGGGACUCUGGCGGAACGAAUGUUCACACACAUGUGGGGCCAGCUGCACUACCAUUUGGCUUGUUUAUUGUUGCGAAAAACGAAACGCGAGCAAGGCAGCUGGAGCGACACCGGGAGGCUCUGCGCCCCUCUCCUGCUGGUCGCCAUGCACGUGCCACCGAUCGAUCCCACUUCGGUUUGGGCCCUGAGUCUCAAAGACCAAACCACCUCGCAAAUUCAGCUGUGGCAGAAAGAAGCUUCCUACAGAUGCAGCCAGGCUGGUCACGUGCUGCAAAGUUACGCGAGAGACGACGUCAAACGAUUGAUGGACAAAAUCGAUAAAUUUUGCGUUGGACCCUGGCGCGAGAGAAUCUACCAGAGAAUCUUCAUAAGCAAAGCUCAUAUCGCAACCUCUUAUUUCGCCAAUCACACAACACCCAACCCACCGCUUCGACUGUGCUCGACUACGGAGAUGAAAAUUUACGACGAAGUCGCGGAAGAUGUGUGGCCAGCAUCGUUGCACCACCACGUGUGGCUGGGGAUCGUGAACAGUCGAUCGUCAAAUCGGAGUAACAUUAACGACGAAGCGGGUCCCCGUCCGCACCAAUAUUGUCACGUAUUUCCGUCGCUCCAGCUUUCGGUUUUUAAUCUGAGUCAAGCAGCUCCAGACACGCUGGGGCAAUUGGACAUCGACGCUUUCCUCAACGCCGCAGUUUUGUGCGCCUCUGUGGUUGUUGAGGAACAACAGCGUAGUGGCUUCUUGAGCCCUGACAGACUGCCAACUUUGCCGGCAGACAUCACCAAUACACUUUGCACCUGUAACCAAGAAAAAUGGUGGACUUUGGCUUAUAAAAUUUAUCGCAAACAUGACGAAGUCUCGAGCGAUUUGGGGGAGAUCAGGCAAGAAUUGCAGCGGGGCCUGGAGGUCGUUCGAUGCAUCGGGAACCACGGGCUGCAUCCCGCGAUUCUCGUUCAUCUCGCGCGGAUAUUUCACCACAGAGCCAAACUGUUGAAAGAAAAAGACAAGAAUCACUCAGAUUUGCCGUUCGUUGAAGCGAGAUGCGAGCUUUACUGGUCCACCGUCGUGCCCCUGCUGGAAAGGCUGCUCAACAAUCAAGCGAUUCGCACCACGAGCACCAAGCUGUUCGACUAUCAAGGAAAGGAAAUGAACAAUCUCGAGCUAUCGAAUGCUCUUGAAGAAGGACGAUUACUGUUGGCGCAAAGAUACAUUCGAGACAAACAACACGAGGAAGCGAUCGAGGCACUGCAGGCUCUCAAGUGUCCUGAAGCCUCGUUUAUGCAGGGAGAAAUCUACAAAAAUCUCGCUGACGAAUUGAUGAGUAAUUUGCCCAAAGAAAGCUUAACCUCGGCGAUGAGGUCACAGCACGUCGUGCUGCUGUCGAAAGCUCGUGCCUGUUAUUACUUGACCCUCGAUCGCCUCCGGAGUCCGGGAAUGAAUCCAAAGCAUCCACUGAACUCGGAGCUGGGGACGAGGAUCGCGGACAUUGAGAAUGAUUUGAAGAGAAUCGACCCCGACGUGUGGCUCGGCGACUCCAAUCGACACGAGUGCGACGUCAUGUCCGAAGAAAGUUACUCGUCCGCCCACAGCGGCGAACAACCGGCCAUUCAAAACAGUUGCACCGGCGGGAUCGGCAGCACCAUUCCCAUAGGCGGAACACCACAAAAAUGCUCGGUUCAUCGCACCCCCAAACAAGCGAGCACUCCUUGCCGGAUUCAGCAUCAAGAUGUUCGAGAAUUGACCAGGAAGAGUGCACAGCAAGAAGCACGUCCAAGUCCGGAGCGUUUGGACGCUCAGAUCCGUCAGUUGAUUCACUCGAAAGACAACAUGAUCCAGACGAUCCUGGAGCAGAACAAGACUCUGUUGGAAACGAACAAGUCUCUGGUGGAGUCGAGUAAAAAAAUGAGUGAAAAGAUAGAAGAAUUGCAGCGUCAAUUUUCCAAGUUUUGUAUGGAUUCGUCGCAAUCACGAUCGAAUCGAGCUCGUUCGAUGAGCGCAAAUCAGAACAACAUUGAGGACGAUCUUUACAUAAUCGGGGACGAGGAUUACGCGGAUUUGAAUUACAGUCAACCGCAGCAUCAGAGCACCAUGCAGCAGCCUCAGAUUCCGGCGAAUUUGUUCCUCCAGCAACAGCAACAGCAACAGCAGCAGCAGCAGCAACGGAAUCCUUACUCGCCUCUCGUCUAUCCGCAACCUUUCCAAACUUAUUAUCCUCCCGCAAUGCCUUUCAACGAUCCCCACGCCUCGCACAUUUCCUCCCUGUACGGGGGUCCUCGAGUAUUCCAGAUGCCGACGUUUUACCCCCGCCCGGCUCUCGACCCGGCCCUCGGAGGCCUGCCCAAGAUGCCUGAAAACAUGCACGGGCUCUUCACGAAUCGCUUGAUGAAUCAAUUGGGCGACAUGGUCGGUCAACCCGGGUCCCAACAGCCGCUGCAAACGCCUCCCCAACAGCCUGUGAUGCCGUUGGCAGCUCCGCAGCUUUCAAUGCGGCUCCAAAGUUUCGACGCGACCAGAAACGAAGUUCCGGCCAAAGACGUGCCCCCGCCGGUCUCGCAGCCUCAGAUGAGCAAGGAGACCAGCGUCUCUCGCCAGCCGCCUGUCAACGUCGUCAUAACGACUUCGGACACUCUCCCAACAACCGCGCCCUCCGUACAACCGACUCUGAGCGUCACGAUUCCCGCGCAGUAUCUAGCAGCCACGAAUCACGUAGCUGCUCCCAUCACCAGCACGACGAGCAGCGCACCGCACAGCUAUCAAAUCUCCAUGCCCUCACACGCGACGAUUCCGACGACGGUGAACCUCCCUCCCCUUUCGACCACGAUCACCAACACGAUUUCUGCGACCGUUGCCGAACAGGAGAAAAAUCAAUCGAAAAAUACGAGCAUUUUGAACACGAGCGGACACAAUUAUUCGGGCGACAGCACCGGGGAAGUCGAGCACGAUCCGCUGCCCGAUUUCGUCCCGGUUAUUCCCCUUCCUGCCGAAGUCCAGGUCACCACGGGCGAAGAAAACGAAGAGGCGCUGUUCUGCGCCCGAGCCAAACUGUACCGAUGGUCCGAUCGCGAAUGGAAGGAACGCGGCGUCGGAACCGUAAAAUUGCUGAAAAAUUCCGAGGGCAAAGUCCGGCUCGUCAUGAGGCGCGAGCAAGUGCUGAAAAUCUGCGCCAAUCACAUGCUCAGCGCGGACAUGGAGCUCACGAAAAUGACGAACAACGAGAGAGCCUGGAUCUGGGUCGCCAACGACUUCGCCGACGAGGAAGUGAAGCUCGAAAAAUUGUGCAUCAAGUUCAAGUACGUCGAGGAGGCCCAGUCUUUCAAGGAGAGCUUCGACAAGGCGAAGAGCAGCUUGGAGGCGCCGAGGAAGCCUGAGGCGAGUGCCCCGAAGGUGGAGAACUCGAAGACGAGCGUCGGCGGUUUCACCUUCAGCUCCGAGCCGAUUAUUCAAAAGGUCGCGGAUCCAACGCCUGAGAAAAAAGAGGAAGCGACGAAGCCGAGUCCGUUCGCCGAUUUCUCCUUCACCAAGACCUCGAGCACCGAGGCUCCAGGAUUUUCGUUCCUCAAAUCCGGCGUUGCGAGCACGACGACGCACGAAACAAAGCCCACCCUGAGGCGUCCGCACGCACCGUCGCCCGGACAACUCGCCGAGAUGGGGGCCGAGGUCCGGGGCACUUUGGACGAAAACGGCGAAGCUUUGCUCUUCGAGAAGCGCGCGACGCUUAUGCGCUGCAGCGGGGAGGCCGGUACCUGGAAGAACCGCGGUCCAGGAACCGUCAAGAUUUUCGUCGAUCCGAAAACCGGCAAAAUCCGACUGUUCAUGAAGCGCGACGAGACCGGAAAGUUCCAAUGCACUUACAUCCUCUCCGAUCAGAGCAAGUUCACGUUGCUCCCUGGUACCGACAACGUCGUCAGUUGGAGCGUGCCCGGAAGCACCAAAGGAAAACCCGAGGCCGUUGCCUGCCUCUUCGAAAGCGCCGAGCUAGCCAAACAGUUCCAAGACUUCGUGGCUUCCCUGACGACAAAAAUGACCAACGACCACCUGCCGACGAGCUCGAUCCGCGUGGAAGCCAAAACCGUCGUUAUUUCCGGCGGCAAGAAAAGCUCCGAGAAACCUUCGCUCUCCGAGAUAUUCAAACCUCCGUCCGACUCGUGGGAGUGUAAUUCCUGCUACACUCGCAACGACGCCUCCGCCCGGAAGUGCGUCGCCUGCGAGGCCGAUCGUCUCCAGAAAGCGGUUCAGCCGAGCCAGACGAGCGAUUCGAGCGAUAAAUCGAAUCUCUGGAACCAGUUCAAGCCCCAACCAGAAUCGUGGGAGUGUCAGAGCUGCUACAUCCGCAACGGCAAAGAAAACGGCUACUGCGCGGCGUGCAACAGCCCCAAGGAUCCGACGAUGCCGCCGAGGCAAAAGCCCGGCGGUUUCAACCUCCAGGAAGCCCCGAAGCAGAGCUUCACCUUCGGAAUUCCGCAGAAAUCCUCGGAGAAGUCGCUCGCCGAAAUGUUCAAGCCGCCAGCCGGUUCCUGGGAGUGUCAGGGCUGUUUCCUCCGGAACACGGCGACGACGUUGCACUGCGCUUCCUGCGAGUCGCCCAAGGACCCCUCGCUCCCUCCCAAGUCCAAGCUCGCCUUCGAGCCCACGAAACCUUCGAAAUUCUCGUUCGGAAUUCCUCAAACUAACGCGACCAGCGGCGCCCCGAGCACCGGCGGUUUCACCUUCAAAAUGCCGACGCAGGAGGACAAAACGAGCGCCGGCGAGACCGAGAGCUUCAGCAUCUUCGGAGCCCCCAAAACUUCGAGCCUGAGCACGAGCUUCUCGUUCGGGAUGCCAGCCCGACCGGGCACGCCCCCGAGCACCGAGCCUGCCGGCGGCUUCGCCUUCGGCUCGCCCGGCAAAUCCUUCGACUUCCAAUUCACCUCGAAAUCGCCCCUCAAGUCGCCCGGGGAUCGCACCGCCAAGGGGGAAAACAGCGAGGACGAAGUCGCCGAAUCCGACGACAUUUAUUUCACUCCCGUAAUUCCACUGCCCGACAAAGUCGAAGUUAAAACCGGCGAGGAGGAGGAGGAAAUCGUUUACUCGCACAGAGCCAAGCUCUUCCGCUUCGACUCGAACGCCAAGGAGUGGAAAGAGCGGGGCCUCGGGGACAUAAAAAUACUGCGGAAUCCUGAGAGCCUGAAACUCCGGAUGGUCAUGAGGCGCGAUCAGACUCUGAAAUUGUGUCUGAACCACGCGGUCACCAAAGACCUCGAACUGAAGCCCAAGGACGAGAAAACCUGGCUGUGGAACGCGCCCGAUUACAGCGAGGGCGACAUCGAGUACCUCCAAUUGGCUUGCCGAUUCAAAACCGCCCAAAUCGCCCAGGAUUUCCGGAACAGUCUCACUGCCGCGCUCGAAGCCGCGACGAAGAACGGGCCCGAAGCGAGGAAGCCUGCGGAGGAGCCGGGGCUCCAGGAGCUCGAGAUCGUCUACGAGGCGAAGGCGAGCGCCGAGGACAAGGAGGCGGCGCUCAAGCUCCAGUUGCCCGAGAACUUUUACGCGUACAAGCUGAAGGAGGAUUGCCCGGGUUGCCGGGGCUGCGAGGAGCCGGAGUUGCCGCUCUUCGAGAAGCCGAAAGCCGCGACGCAGUCGCCGAUCGUCCCGAAAAUCGCGCCGCCGAAAUUCACUGGUUUCGCGAAGAAAACUCCGCCGGAAACGGGCAGCGAAUCGAGCCAGAAGGGGCUUCUGCAUUUCGGCAAUUCGGCGAGCACCGAGGAGCAGCCGAAAGUCUCGAAUUUCGUAUUCGGCACCGGCGCGAGCAACGGGGCGCUCAACAUUUUUUCAGGGAGUAAUCAAGUCGGCAAAACGAGCCCGGCGACGAGCAGCUUCAGCGUCGAAAAUUUGAGCGUUUGCAGUCCGACGAUUGCCGGUGAACAAACGCCGACGACGAAUUUGAGCAAGCCGAGCUCCUCGAUCUUCGGCGCCCCCUCGAUCUUCGGCAACGCUCCGAACAGCGGGGUUUCGAUUUUCGGUGGAACCGCGACCAAAACCGCGGCGAGCGAAACCUCCAAGGAACCCCCCGAAUCCAGCUCGCCGUUCCAAAACGUUUUCGGCGGCGGCAUGAAGAGCUCGAUCAGCGCCCCGAACCCGGUUUUCCCAUCGCCUUUCGGCUCCCAGAGCUUUGGCUCGAGCACCAACUCCGCGCCGUUCCAGCAGUCGACGCCAGCCCCCCCGGCGAUAUUCGGCGGAGGGAGCGCCACCCACGUCUUCGGUAGAUCGACUAAGAUUUUUAACCAGACGAGCCCGGCGCCGGAGAACGCGUUCAGCGGCUUCGGGACUGCGAGCUCCAAGCCCCAGGAACUCCCCAAGGACUCCGACCCCGACGGCAAAACUCCGGAGAGCAACGAAAACAUUGACUUGACGGCGUACCUGCCCCUCACCAGCAGCCUCACCUUCGAGACCCUCGCCUCCCAGACCCCGGCGAACAGCUUCAAGAAGGACCCGAACUUCUCCUUCGCCGGCGCCGGGGCGACCGUCUUCUGCGCCAAAACUACGACGCCGAAAAAGAGCGAGGACGACGAGGACGCCGGCGACGAGACCGAGGACGCCGCCCACGACCCCCACUUCGAACCGAUCGUCCCGCUGCCCGACGCCAUCGAGGUUCGCACCGGCGAGGAGGACGAGGACAAGCUGUUCGGGGAACGAGCCAAACUCUACAGAUACGAAUCCGAGACUAAAGAAUGGAAAGAACGCGGCACCGGAGAAAUGAAAAUUCUGCAUCACUCCGCCCACGGAACUUACCGGCUCCUACUCCGACGCGAACAGGUCCACAAGGUCGUUUGCAAUCAACUCCUCACCCUCGACCUUGAGCUUCGACCCCUGCACAGCUCCGACCGCGCCUGGGUGUGGGCCGCUUUCAACCACGCCGAGGAACCUUUCGCCCUCGAAGAGUUAGCCGUUAAAUUCAAGAACCCGGACCUCGCCAACAAGUUCAAAGAGGUCCUCGAAAAAGCCAAAUCUCAUCUACAGGAACGCCAAAACACCAGCGGACAAGAGAGAGUGAACGAGGCCGAGCCCGCGGAUUGUUACGGCGAGGACCAGGACGACGAGGACGAAGUCGGGGAGGACGACGAAGACGAGGACGACGAGGAGCACUCGAUGAUAUUUGCCAGUCGCGCCGACCUGCUAACGCUCCAGGAUAACGCGUGGAAAUCUCUGGGCACGGGGACCCUCAAAAUUCUGUACGACUCAGAAAUUUACGGCGCCAAAAUCAUCGUCGAGGCUGACAGCACCGGCGAGAUAUUCAGCAAUACGGUUAUCAGCAUGGAAACGACGAUGGAGAUCAACGAAAAUUCCUGCAUAUGGACCGCAAUCGACGAAGUCCCGAUUCCACCGACGAGGAGAUCCCUUAAAGCGGUUUUCGAGUCCUCGGAAUUGGCUCAUGAGAUGUACAUGAAUUUCCAGGACGGUCAAGAAUACGCGAAACAGGCCGACAUCAGCGAAAACACGUAUUACGAUCCGAGAAUCGAGUAAAAAUGGGGGAGGGGCGAAGAGAGAAAAAAAAUUGAAGGAAAUAAUAAUAAGAAUGAGUAAAUUAGACGAAAAGUUGCCAAGCGGUGUCCAAUUUCUAUUCAUUUUUAUCGAGUCUGUAUAUUUUUUAAUAAUUCCUUUAACGAUAUUCGUAGUCGCCAUCUCGAGGAUGUUGCGUUUGUUGCUAGGAAAAAUUAAUUUCGUCAGCGAUGAAAAAUCUUGCGCAAAUGGACGAAGGAACGGGCCAUUUCCUCAUCUUAUCAACUAUUAUUAUUAUUAUUAAUAUUAUUAUUCGAUUAGUUAAUACGGAUAUUACGUUUUAAGACUGAGGACAAAUCAUUGAACCGUUAACCUUAUUUUGCAAAAAACACGAUACAACAAAAUAAAACACGAAUAAACCAAAAUUUAUCAUUUACGCAAA